ACACACACACACACACACACACACACACACACACACACACACACACACACACACACACACACACACACACACACACACACACACACACACACAAGAGAAACUCAGAGGAAAGGAGAAGUAACGGUACAGCUUCUGGAGAAGCCUACUGUCUGACAUGGGAGACACUUCAUAAAUACUUCAAGCAACCCUGAACUUAAGAUUAUUCAGUUUUUUUUACAGUUUUUGCUGAAUUAAAGUAUAUCUUUUUGGUAAAAGCAAAGAGGAGGAGAAGGAAAAAUGAAGGACUUGGUGCGAUCAGUAGAGCAGGGGGUGUCUCAUCGGAGAAGAGUGGAUAUAACCCGACCCAAAGUUUGGCUGAAGAAUGAGCUUUCACGCGUGGGACUGGCUGAAUUCCUCUGCACAUAUGUGAUGAUGGUUCUGGGUCUGGGUUGUGUGGCCCAGGUCGUGACCGGACAGGGAGCUUUUGGACACUACAUCAGCAUCAACAUUGGUUUUGGGCUGGCUGUUGCUAUGGGGGUUCAUAUUGGAGGAAAUGUCUCAGGGGCUCACAUGAACGGAGCGGUGUCUUUCACAAUGUGUGUUUUUGGCCGCCUCGCGUGGAAGAGGCUACCCCUGUAUAUAUUUGCACAGCUAUUUGGGUCAUUUCUAGGUGCAGUAACAGUAUAUGCAGUUUACUAUGAGGCCGUUAAUGAUUAUUGUGGAGGAAACCUGACUGUAACUGGUGCGAAGGCCACAGCUGGGAUCUUUGCCACUUAUCCUGCACCAUACUUAUCUCUGAUGGGUGGAUUUGUUGACCAGGUGAUUGGAACGGCAAUGCUGCUUCUCUGCCUGAUGGCGCUGUCUGACCAGAAGAACAAACCAGCUGUUGGGAGCAGCGAACCUCUGACAGUGGGUCUUGUGGUGGUACUCAUCGGCAUGUCGCUGGGCAGCAACAGUGGCUACGCCAUCAAUCCCACCAGGGACAUCGCACCCAGGGUCUUCACAGCCAUAGCAGGCUGGGGACUUGAUGUGUUCAGGUCUGGAAAUGGUUGGUGGUGGGUACCUUUAGUGGCUCCCCCCAUUGGAGGCGUGCUGGGAGCUGGGCUAUACAAGGCGUUUGUAGAACUACACCACCCACCCAUCUCCGGACAGCAGGAGAACUCUAUCCCUUUGAAGAAAGGAGAAAACAUCUGCACUAAUGUAUGAGUGAAACCUGAAACAAAGGCAAACAUAUAAGCGCUUGGACAAGCUGCGUCUACAUCUGUUUGAGGAAGGGUUAAAGGACCAAAACCAGCUGAACAACCGGGACAGAGACACUGAGACACACAAAGGAUUCUCUGAGAAAAGUUUAAUUGUGCUACAGAUGGUUCAAGGAUUCUUUGUAUUUUCAUAUUAGGUUAUAAAAAAAUGUUGUACAGAAAAAAAAUUCAAUACUUCAAAAAAGACAAUGAGGAAAAACAAGCCUUGUCUCAUUUUGUUUAUAUAAUUAUGGAGAACAUGUAAAGGAAUUCACAAUAAAUAAUAAAUGAUAUUCACAUUUCA